ACCAGUCGUCGAGUCGAAUCAACCUCGUCGCCCCGAAUCCAUCGCCGCCACCGCCAUGAAAUCGCCGCAGCUUUUCUUGGAGCCCGCAUCGCCGCAGACGCACCCGUCGGAGCUCCGCGACUGGGGCCACCUCCCGCACCUGCUUCUCGGCGAAGUUCUCCAGCGCCUCGUGCCGUGCCUCCGCUCGCUCUCCUUCGCCGCCCCGUGCCGCCCGUGGCGCCGCUUCCUCCUCGCCUCCGUCUCCACCCUCCUCCUCCCGCGCAUACCGCAUCUCCUCCUCAACCCAGGCUAUGGGGGUAGGUGCGCCAACUACUUCCUGGUGCACGCAUGGUCGCCCCUAGUGAUCCGGGGGACGGUCACCUCCCCGCUCGCCGCCGCCGCCUCCCCCUCCCCCACUCUCCUUUCCUCUGCCCGCGGCCACCUCAUCCUCCUCGUCCGCCCCAGAGGCCUCUUCGUGCUCGUUGACGCCCUCACCUGCGCCGAGCGCCUCUCCCUCCCGCUCCCGUCGCCCCAUGCCCCACACCACUACGCCACCCUCACCCCGAACCACCUCGUCCUCUUCGGCUCCAAGCACGUGUUCGCCUCCCUUCCCUUCCCCCCCGCCAACCCCGGCGCCGCGGAGUGGACGCACCACCGCCUCCCCCGCUCGGCCUCCUUCGUCGCGUCCGUCGUCGACUUCCGCGGCCGCGUUCUCGGCGUCACCGACCGCGCGCAGCUGCUAGAGUUCCGCUGCCUCGACGCUGCCGCGCCGGACCAGGAGGCGGCGGUCCAGAUACUGACCGCCACCGGCCUCCCCGAGGCCUCCACGUUCGAGAGCUGGCACUUCGGGCCCCGCCUGGUGGUCGCCGGGGAGCGGCUGCUCCUGCUGCUGCUCAUGAAGGACCCGGCGUAUCGCGCAGUGGUGCGCAAGGUGAGCGUGCACGCGCUCCAUGAGAUGCCGGAUGGGACCAUGAGGUGGGAGGAGGUGGACACCCUCGGCGAUUACAGCGUGUUCGUGGACUGCGCCGGGAGGAGCGCCAUCGCGUGCGCCGACGCGGCAGGCUGCGGCGACGUCGCCGGCAACUGCAUCUACUUCGCCGAGAUGACGUUCUACCGCGUAGAUUCGCAGCGCUACUGGAGGUCGCUCAAGCCGUGGUGGAAGUGGGAGCAUUCCACCGCCGGUGCCGGCGAAAAUAAGGGCGUCACCAUCUCCCGCGCGUGGCCGUCGCAGACAUGGGUCUACCCGAGACUCUUCUUCCAAAGCUACUAGGAAUGAAGGCCGUAGGCAGCACAGCAUCACUAAGUAUCGAAUCGCUUUCAAGAUCACUUCUUUUUUUUAUUAGAGAAAAAAGAUCAGUUCUUUUUGACAAAAAAAAAACUGUUUAGUAGUUCAGCAUAAGUUGUAUGCAAGCAUAGCAAUAGUUUCUUGAGUUACAGAACUUGGAUUCGUUGCAUCACCACCAGUACUGCACUUUAUUUCUGAAUGAAUGCCUAAAUAUUAUCACCAUGCUUGUUUCACUUCAAGGUUUCGAGAUCUCUCGUAACAGCAGCUAUGCUUAUCAGGGUGCAAAAAACAUGCCCUCUAAUUGUACUAACUUUUUUAUUUCAAAAAAUGUAAUAAAGUCACUAGACAUUUUAUUAUGUUCGACAACCGGAAACACAAAUUGUUUUUGAGAUACACACAAUUUUUUCUUCUGAAAUACAAACGAAUUAGUAUAACAGAAGAAGGUUGAGGCCCGUCUAGCCCAUAUUAUUAUCCAC